AUGUCCUCUCGAUCUAUAAUCAUAAUGUCGACUGGACGGAGCACAGGGCUCGACUAUAAUAGUAAGAGGGCGCAGGGCACCCAGCUCUCCUCGAAACCCAAACAACUGCUAGAGGAGGAUAGAGAGUCCGGCAUCGGCUCCACCCUUGACCUCACUAGCCGCUUGGAGGGCUACAACCAACAUAUUAAUCACCACUCCAGCUCACCUUCACUCGGGGAGCCAGGCACGCUCCCUACAGAGAAAGGUAGCUCUCCUUCGACCUCAGACAAGACAAAGCAGCUUCUUAUAAAUCUGACCAAGAUCCCCCUCCUCCUCAUGCUCCUUUUCUUCUUUGUUUGCUCCUUGGACACCCUGAGUUCGGCCUUCCAGUUAGCAGGGGGUAAAGUGGCAGGGGACAUUUUCCAGGACAGUGCUGUGUUGUCCAACCCAGUGGCGGGGCUUGUGGUGGGGAUCUUGGUAACUGUGCUGGUCCAGAGCUCCUCCACCUCCACCUCCAUCAUCGUCAGUCUGGUGGCCUCCGGAUUGCUAGAAGUGAAGUCGGCUGUUCCAAUCAUCAUGGGCUCCAAUAUUGGGACUUCAGUCACAAACACCAUCGUGGCCAUGAUGCAAGCAGCAGAGAGGAGUGAAUUUCAACGUGCCUUUGCUGGGGCAACAAUCCACGACUGCUUCAACUGGCUGUCAGUGCUUGUUCUGCUGCCGCUAGAGGUCGCGAGUGGUCUCAUGGCCCGGCUGUCACACCUGCUGGUCACCAGCUUCAGCCUUCAACCGGGGGAAGAAGCCCCUGAGUUGCUUAAGGUCAUCACUGAGCCAAUAACCAAGCUCAUCAUACAGCUAGACAAGUGUGUGAUCACAGGGAUCGCCAUGGGAAAUGAGGACAUGAGGAACAGGAGCCUGGUGAAAGAAUGGUGCCAGACUGACCAUGUUAUGUUUGCUGGAAAUUUGAGCGCUGAAAACUGUGACCCGCCACACGACUCGUCCCAUUUGUCAAUGAGAUGUAGGCAUUUGUUUGUGUCUACCGGGCUGUCGGACCUCUCUGUGGGCCUGAUUCUCCUGGUUUGCUCCAUGGCUGUCCUCUGUACCUGCCUUCUUCUUCUGGUCAAGCUUCUCAACUCUCUUCUUAAAGGCCAAGUGGCAAAGGUUAUCCAUAAAGUCAUCAACACAGACCUGCCAUAUCCGUUUGGGUGGCUGGCAGGAUACAUGGCUAUGUUUGUGGGGGCAGGGGUAACAUUUUUGGUCCAGAGUAGCUCUGUCUUCACUUCAGCCAUGACGCCACUUGUAGGUAUUGGCGUUAUAAGUCUGGAGCGGGCCUAUCCUCUUACCCUUGGGUCCAACAUUGGCACCACAGCCACAGCCCUGCUGGCAGCUCUGGCCAGUCCUGGGAACCAGCUAGCAGCUGCCAUUCAAAUUGCCAUAUGUCACCUCUUCUUCAACCUCUUUGGUAUUCUGCUGUGGUAUCCUCUUCCCUUUAUGCGCCUGCCAAUAGGGAUGGCUCGUGUCUUGGGUGAGCGCACUGCUAAGUACCGUUGGUUUGCAGUCGUGUACCUUCUCCUUUGUUUCUUGCUCCUGCCCUCGCUGGUUCUGGGUCUGUCACUGGCAGGAUGGCGGGUAAUGGCAGGCAUUGGGGCUCCUUUCAUGGGUGUAACUAUCUUUGUUGCCAUGGUAAAUAUAAUGCAGGCACACAGCCCCAAUUGCCUACCUAAUAAGCUGCAAUCUUGGGACUUCUUGCCCCAGUGGAUGCGUUCUCUUAAACCACUUGACCGUUUGAUCACCAAGACAACUAUCUGCUGCAGCUCCACAUUUGAAGAGGGAGAAGAAGAGAAGACGCAAACUUCAACACAGACCAACUCUGUUGACACAAAGAAAGGAGCCACCAGCAGGAAGGAAGAGCUGGCUUAUGAUAACCCAGUGCUGGACUUCUUGGAUGAGAGCAGAGCAGGUGUAAGGGUUUUUAAAUUAAAAGGGUUGGAGAGAUGCAACAGUACUCCUCUGUAGUAAAGGUGAAAACAGUGGAAUGUUGUACACAAAUCAUACUUCUUUUUAAUUUCUGUUGAAAGCAAAGAAUUGA